AAAAGAAGGAAAGGGAGAAAAAAAGAAAGUAGCGUGAUUCUCUCUCUCACAGUCACAGUCACAGUCACAGUCACAAGAAAUGGCUUCGAGGAAAAGUAAAAUAGCUUCCUCCGGAGUUAACAUCAUUGUCGAGCAACUGGGCGGAGCUUCCGCCGGAGUUAACUUCUUCGAUUUUAAUCCGACUGAGCACGGUUGAUCUACUGAAAGCUCAGAUGGUGUGCAGAUCGUGGCGACGCGUCUCUAAAGACCCAUCGAUGUGGUGGAUAAUCGAAUUGGACGACCUAGCCUCUGAAGGUAUGUGUCGUCGCGCCAUUGAUCUCAGCGAUGGUGGUUUGGUCGAGAUCUUUAUUGGUGUUGAGUCCGAAUACUGGGGUGAAGCUAUCCUCGCAUACAUGGCCGAUAGGUCAAGUCUUCUGAGAAGCCUUACACUAUCAUGUUCCUCUUUCUUUCUAGGGGAACUUUUUCGCGAAGCAGUUGUGAAACUUCCAUUGCUUGAGUACCUCAAUGUUCCAGGCCUCAAGUUGUCAAGAAAGUCUCUGGAAGUUGUAUGCAAGUCUUGUCCAAAUCUGAAAACGUUGAAGCUACACCACUGCCCUUUCUCCCGUGAUAUUGAUAAUUCGAUAGCCUUAAUAAUUGCACUCAGCAUGCCCGGACUCCGCCACCUCGAGCUUUGCGGACACCCUCUAUCUAACACGGGAUUGAACGCCAUUCUUGACCGUUGUCCUCACCUGGAAUACCUAGAUUUACGCGAGUGUUUACACAUUGACCUUUCAGGGAAUCUGGAGAAGCGGUGUUUGGAGAGGAUCAAAUAUUUGAGACGCCCCAAUGACUACCCACCAGAAACAGAAGAAGAGUCCUAUCUUCGUGAUAUUUUUUUAGAUUCAGGAUUGUUUGAUCCCCUCUAUGAUUGAACUAUUGAAGUAGAUGGUUUCAUCUUGGUUACGGUGACUUGUUCGUGAAGUUGCUUUGUCACUCUUGUCCGAUCAGCAACGCUCCUCCACAAUAUCAUCAGCCUAGUUAAUAUUGUUUCCUUGUGUAUGUCUCUGUGUGUAAGUGUAAUGGGAUCUGUUUUGUAAACAUGAGUCACCACCACCACUGGUGAAGAAUUCAAAACCAUCAUAUAUUUUACACGCA